AUGCGACCGAAGUUCAAAUCCCGGAUAUGCACUAAUGAGAGCGAAACUCGAGUGCUUCCGAGUGUAUGGUUGAGUGGAAGAGGUGAGGAAUUUCUCGGUCCAAAUGUGAGCAUUGGUGAGCGAGCAGUUAUCCGGGGAGGAGUUCGUCUACGAGAUUGUAUUGUCCUUCGAGAUGCGGAAAUUCGUGCUCAUGCUUGUUGUCUGAACGCGGUGAUUGGUUGGAACACAAUCAUCGGCGAAUGGGCCCGAGUUGAAGGCACUCCAAACGAUCCUAACCCAAACAAACCAUUUACCAAGUUGGACGUGUUACCCGUGUUCAAUGCGAAAGGCCAACUCAACCCAUCCAUUACAGUUAUUGGCUCGAACGUGGAAGUUCCACCGGAGGUCAUCGUACUCAAUUGCAUCGUUCUUCCUCACAAAGAGCUGUCACACAGUUCGAAAAACCAAAUCAUUCUUUGA